UCAACAACACUGAAAUCAGCCGAUGAGCCGAGAGUGAGCCGAGCUUUUGUCCGCCGCGCAGCCACGUUGGAACUUGUGAUUUUUUACAUCCCGUACCGCAAGAAGCUCGUAUAUCAACACCUAAGUGGAAUAUUUGAGUGCUGAAAUGAGGGUGAAAGAGGUCGAGAGGACCGUGAAUGUGGCCUGGUCGCCGCCAGACCAACACCCCAUCCUGCUGGCCGGAGGAACAGCGGCCCAACAGCUCGAUGCCACCUUCAGUACCACCGCCGCCCUUGAACUUUUUGCCCUGAAUUUGAGCGAACCUGGCACGGACAUGGAGCGAGUGGGCGGCACAACAACCGAGCAAAGAUUUCACAAAUUAUUCUGGAGCCGGGACCUUUUGAUUGGUGGUUGUGACAGUGGCAUCAUUGAAUUGUACAGUCCUCAAGGGUUGCUCAGUGGUCAGAACGCUCUGAAGGCCAGGAAGGAUGGACACAGCGGUGCUGUCAAAGCUUUGGAUGUUAAUCCAUUUCAGCAAAAUUUAUUAGCUUCUGGUGCUGGCGAUUCAGAAAUUUUCAUUUGGGACCUUGAUCAGAUGAGCAGUCCAAUGACCCCUGGGGCCAAAGUUGUUCCUCCGGACGCAGUCAGCUGGCUUUCGUGGAAUAGACAAGUGCAACACAUUUUGGCUUCCACUUUUGCAUCUCGAUGCGUCGUGUGGGACCUGAGAAAAAAUGAGCCCAUUAUCAAACUGGCUGAUUCCACGUCACAUGUUCGUUGGAAUGUUGUGGCCUGGCAUCCAGACGUUGCCACACAGCUGUGUCUCUCCUCGGAGGAUGAUAUGGCUCCAGUUGUUCAGCUCUGGGACUUGCGUUUUGCAACGUCUCCUCUCAAAACUAUGGCUGGACACACGAGAGCUGUCACUUGCAUCUCAUGGUGUGCCAAAGACCCAGAUCUUCUCCUCAGCUGUGGCCGAGACAAUAAGAUUUUAUGCUGGAAUCCUAAUGAGCCAACUCCUGGCAACGAGCUCAUUUGUGAGAUUCAAACUCCGCACCAGUGGCUUUUUGAUGUAGCAUGGUGUCCAAGAAAUCCGUCUCUGAUUUCUUGCUCCAGCUUCGAUGGUCAUGUUUCAAUUUACUCUUUGACAGGAGGACAGCAGUCGACUGAACCAACAACCAGCAAGAUUGCUGACUCAUUCCCUGGAAUGGAAAGUAUUGCUCCCGCUAUAGUAGCGCAACCAGUAGCCCAUGCUCAUGUUGAUUUGCGAAAAGCUCCGAAGUGGCUCAGAAAACCAGCAGGAUCGACAUUUUCGUUUGGUGGUCGUCUAGUGCAGUUUUCCACUGCCGAGCCUAAUAAGAUCAUCAUUAGCCAACUCGUAUCGGAGCCUGAGUUGCUUAACAGGGCCUCAAAGCUCGACGAUGUCUUAAAUCAAGGCCAGUACAGAGAAUUUUGCCUUGAGCAAUCGCAGUCACCAUCUUCCCCUCACCUGGGCACUCUUUGGAAAUACCUUGGAGCACAGUUUGAGCCUCACCCUCAGUCGGCCACCCUGGCCCUUCUUGGCUAUCCCCUGGAGCAAGUCAAUGGCAUCAUUGAUGCCACCAUAGGAGACGACGUCAACAACCUUGCAAAUGACAUUUCUCAACUCACAGCAAAUGGUGACCUUCAGACUGAAGGAUAUGACCAAAAUCAGCAUUCUUUUGGAGACUUCCCAACUGAAAAAUUCAGCAUUCCAAAUUCCCAAGACCCCGAGGGUCAGAUUGGACAAGCCCUCUUGAUUGGCCGAGUUGAGGCAGCUGUGGAGUUGUGUUUGAAGCAAAACAGAAUGGCUGAUGCUCUUCUUUUGGCCAUGACUGGUGGUCCAAAGUUAUUAGCUCAGACGCAGCAGCGAUACUUCAAGCAAUCAAAAGGCUGGCUGUCACAUUUGAUCAAUGCCGUUGUGAGCCACAACUGGCAGACCAUAAUUUCAACCUGCUCGUUGUCGUCAUGGGCCCAACUUUUAGCUGGCAUUAUUACUCAUACAAAUGGAGAGGAGUUUUUCUCAUUAUGUCAGCAACUUGGCGAAAGGUUAGAGAAUGAUGCAGAAUUGAAGGUAUUCGCUCAAGUUUGCUAUUUGUGUUCCGGAAAUGUCAACAAACUUGUGUCUACGUGGGAAACGAGCUUCACUCCAAGCAGUAAUCUUCAACUGCAGGAAAUGGUGCAGGGAGCUCUUUUGUUGCAACUUGCAGCCUCGACCAGUGCAGGAAGGGCCAUCCCGACUACAGGAGCUCUGGCAAAUUUUCUGUCAAAGUAUGCUUUUCUCCUUGCCUCCCAAGGUGCUCUAACCUCAGCCCUAUCAUGCCUUGAAUCUGCUCAGGAUGAAUCCGCCUUGGAGCUUAAAGAUCGACUGCAAACUGGAUUGGGAAUGAAAAGUCAGCCGAGGGCUGUGCAUCAACAGCAGCAACAACAGCAGAUUUUCAGGAGGACCAGUGGCCCACAAUUGCCCACUGCUCCCUGGCCAAGAUCGCGAACUGUCAGCCAAUCGAGUGGCUACGAACCGACUGUUCCGACUUACCCUCAAACAGGCUCUGCUGGAUACCAGCCUAGCCCAUCCAUCUUCCAACCAGCACCUGCUGCACAUCACACUCCAGCUGCAUACCCUCCUGCCCCUUCACCAGCCCCCACAUCAUACCAAACUCCUUUCCAACCAGCACCAGUGCCCGCCGCUGCAGCGCCGCCUCCGCCACCAACUGGAGGAAAGCCUGCCGGGCUCAGUGCCGUCUCUGGUCGCAAGUACGUUGCUGAUCCAUCUGUUCAGAGUGGCAGUCCUUAUGGCCAGUCUUAUGGAAACAAUCAAUUUGGACAGUCGAGUCCGUACUCGUCAAACUCCUACACUCCUAGUCCCUACGUUGAUAAUACAACUUAUCAGGCGCCUCAGCAGCCCAGCGUAUUUUCUCCAUCUUCAAAUGCUGCCUACAACACAGCACCUGGGACUGGUUCUUUCAAUAGUUCUCCAUAUGCAACAUACAAUGAACCACAAGGUGUUGUCAAUACGCCACCAAGGGCUCCACCAAAACUUAUGGAGAGUCAACUUGCACCUCCUGGCUGGAACGAUCCGCCUCCCGUCAGCAAAUCUAAUCAGAAAAAGCCUGAUAUCAAUGUCCUUGCCCCUAUUACCCAUCCUUUGUUUGGAGUUGCUCCUGCUGAACCAGAGCCAGUUAACAUGGGGUACCAAGGUGGCUAUUAUCAGCCCACAAUGCCGCAACAGCAGCCGAUUCAAAAUCAGCAAUAUGUUCAGCCGGCAGCGCCGAUGCAACAGGCGCCGAUCGAGAGAGCCACAAUUUGCGAACCUCCGAAGCCCAAGGCUGAAAUCCCGGCUGAGCACAUAGUGAUUGCUAACGUGUUGACUUCUUUGAAGGACCAGUGCGUCCAUGUGGCUGCCAAUCCUCAAAUGCGGCGAAAACUUGAAGACGUUGGAAGAAAACUAGAGAUUUUCUUUGAUUGCCUCAGGGAACACAAGCUUUCGGAAAACUUGCUGGCGUCGUUCCACGAACUGAUUCGCUACAUCCAAGCUGGCGACUACCAAAAUGGCUUGCAUCUUCAUACACAAUUGAUUUCAGGGCCCGACUUUUCACAGAUUUCGACAUUUAUGCCCAGUAUCAAGGUCCUGAUUCAGACUUCGGCUCAGCUUGGCAUCUACGUCCAGUAAGUCAGGCGAGUACCAUUGCUCCUUCCCUACUUGGUUUUUUCUCACAGUGCGGAAAAACCUUUGCAAAUAUGAUGAAUAAUAUUUUUGUGAAUUUGACCCCUUUAAUUUAUGGUCUGAUGAUUGCCAAUGCCAAAUUCUGUCAAAGGGAAGAGAGCUAUUUGUAUUUAUUCAAAGGAAAAGGGAGUUUGUAAAAAAUAGUAUAAAAGCCCCCAUUAUUAAAACGUUACAGCCUUGUUGAUAUGUUAGAUUUUGAUAAAGAAUAAAUCAUUUAAAUUAAUAAAUA